GUCGGACACAUUUUACUGCUGCACUGAACACGGACCAGAAGUGUGUGUUAUAAACAGUCGGAGGUUUUGUUUUGGUUGUUUAUGCUUAUAUAAACUUUUAUUAUUUUUAUUUGCUACAACCUCUUGCUCCACAAAAAUGGGGAAAAGGCAGCAUCAAAAAGAUAAGAUGUACAUCACAUGUACAGAAUACACUCAGUUCUAUGGAGGGAAGAAAUCAGAAAUCCCACGAGCCAAUUUCAGACGUCUGCCCUUUGAUCACUGCAGUUUGUCUCUUCAGCCCUUUGAGUAUCCCAUGUGCACAGUGGAUGGGGUGGUUUUUGACCUAAUGAGCAUUGUGCCUUGGAUUAAGAAGUUUGGUACCAACCCCAUAACAGGAGAGAAGCUUGAGGCUAAAUCCCUCAUCAAGCUUAAUUUCAGCAAAAACAAUGAAGGGAAGUACCAUUGUCCUGUGCUCUACACAGUGUUCACAAACAACUCCCACGUUGUUACCAACAAAGUCACAGGAAAUGUUUUCUCUUAUGAGGCAGUGGAACAGCUCAACAUCAAGACAAAGAGUUAUAAAGACCUGUUGACCGAUGAACCUUUUACUCGCCAGGAUCUCAUCACACUACAGGAUCCUACCAAUCUGGAUAAAUUCAAUGUCUCUGACUUCUUCCAUGUGAAAAACAAUUUGAAAGUCCUUGACCCUGAUGAGGAGAAAGCCAAGCAGAGCCCAUCAUACCAUCUGAAAACCACAAACCUGGAGACGCGUGAAACACUUGCAGAGCUCUACAGGGACUAUAAAGGAGAUGAGCUGUUGGCCUCCACUAUGAAAGAGCCAGAAGCCAAAAAAACAGACAAGCUCAAUGCUGCUCACUAUUCCACUGGAAGAGUGUCUGCCUCCUUUACAUCUACAGCUAUGGCUCCAGCCACCACCCAUGAAGCAGAUGCUAUUUCUGAUGAUGCUGUCCGCUUCCAGUAUGUUAAGAAGAAAGGCUAUGUCCGCCUGCACACAAACAAAGGAGACGUGAAUGUGGAGUUGCACUGUGAUAAGGUCCCCAAGGCUGGAGAAAACUUUAUUAAACUGUGUAAGAAAGGAUAUUAUGAUGGCACAAUAUUCCACCGCUCUAUUAGAAAUUUCAUGAUUCAAGGAGGAGACCCUACAGGGACUGGUACAGGAGGAGAGUCUUACUGGGGGAAGCCGUUCAAGGACGAGUUCAGGCCCAAUCUGUCUCACACGGGUCGUGGUAUUCUGAGCAUGGCUAACUCAGGACCCAACACUAAUAAAUCCCAGUUCUUUAUAACAUUUCGCUCAUGCACAUACCUGGACAGAAAGCACACUGUGUUUGGAAGAGUGGUUGGUGGUUUGGAGACCCUCCAAGCGAUGGAGAAUGUUGAAAGCAAUCCGAAGACAGACAAACCCAAGUCUGAGAUAAAGCUGCUGAGCGCUACAGUAUUUGUGGACCCGUAUGAGGAAGCUGAUGCACAGAUUGCAGCCGAGCGAGAAAAGGAAGCACAGAAACAGGAGGAAGAGAGAGCGCAAACUUCUGCUUCAGUCAACAGGGCAAAAACAGAGGACAAGCCUAAAACCUUCAGACCAGGAGUGGGCAAAUAUAUCAACACAGCUGCCACGAAACAUUCCCGCCCAGAUGGUGAAAAACCCUCCACAAGUGAAGCUCCUGCCAAGAGACCCAAAGGCAGAACAGGUUUUGGAGACUUCAGUUCCUGGUAGAAGCACAGCACCGUCCCUCUUCACGAAGAAUGAUUGUGGGUAAAUUGAGAUAUUGGACUUAUCUUACUCUGAGCAGACCUUUUGGGUUUUCCCUUUUAUUGUUUUUAUUUUGAAAGUUGUUGUAUUUUUAGAUAAUAAUGUGCAUGAAUUUAGUUCAUGUGCAGUCAAGUCUUUCUUUAUAUUGAGCCCUGUAAAUAAUUAUUUUGUGCAUAUUAAAUGACUUCAUCUAUGCAUUAAUAAAUGCAAUUUGCUAAA